GAUGAGUUUGCUUCAGGAAGUGCGGAUCGUUACCGGCUGCAGUUUCAGGGAGUUGAUUUUUCUUCCUGAAAAGGGAAGCUGUGAUGUCUGUGGUACAUCAGCUGACAGCAGGGUGGCUUGUGGAUCAUCUUUCUUUCAUCAACCAGUGUGGCUAUGAGAUCCGUGACUCCUUUGCAUACCCUGGUAGUGUCACUCUCAAUACUUCUGUCACUUCUACUGAAGAUGUUCAUGCUACUUCUAGCUUUGCUGCCACCUCCUCAUCAGGAGAUGGUCCUAUUCCUGGUCCUGGAGAUGCGGUAGAAACAGAAGGUAAAAGAGCAAAAACAAGAUAUGUGUUUCGCGAGGAGUUCUUUGACAUUUGUGAGCCCCAUAUAGCUGCAGCUCCUGAAGAGCGGCUGUGGCAGGGAUGCACUGAGGUGAGUCUCACAGAAAUAAAGGCCAACAGCAAUAGAGAGGAACACCAAGAAGGAACCAAGAGUGGCGUCGGAGAUUCUGUUGCCAGUCCUAGGAAGAAACGUAAAAGGAAAUGUGUAUUCAACCAAGGUGAACUGGAUGCUUUAGAAUACCAUUCAAAGGUCAGGAAGCUCAUUUGGGAAGGCACUUUCCAUUUAGUCCAAGAAGGGCUCAAAAGUGGUUUUCUUCAUCAUACUACUGCAGAACUCAGUUGCAGGAAGAAUGUUGUACUUGAACACAUUGGCUGUGGGUUGGCUGAAUUAUGUGAAAUGGCAAAGCAGUUUCCAGCUGUGAAUGAAAGUGACCAUCAAGCUGUACAUAUGUUAGAUGAUGAAACCUCCAUUCCAGAGCAGGACCUGCUUUCGUGUGUUACAGAAAACAGCUCAAACUGUGCAAAAAUAGUUGUGUUAAUGGGGCAGAAGUACUUGGUGCCACCAAAAAGCAGUUUCCUUUUAUCUGAUAUUUCAUGUUUACAGCCCCGGCUGAACUACAAGAAAAAAUAUGAUGUAAUUGUGAUUGAUCCACCAUGGGAGAACAAGUCCGUUAAAAGGAGUAACAGAUACAGCUACUUGUCUUCAUGGCAAAUCAAGAAGAUUCCUGUACCAGCACUAGCUGCUCCAAAUUGUCUUCUAGUCACGUGGGUGACUAAUAGACAGAAGCACUUACGUUUUGUUAAGGAUGAACUUUAUCCUCAUUGGUCUGUGAAAACACUUGCUGAGUGGCACUGGGUAAAAAUUACAAGAGCUGGAGAAUUUGUAUUGCCUUUGGAUUCUUUACACAAAAAGCCCUAUGAAGUUCUUAUAUUGGGGCGAGUUCAAGGAGACGUAAAGGAAGCCUUAAGGAAAUCUGAAGAUGUACUUCCAAUUCCAGAACAUAAGUUAAUUGUCAGCAUACCCUGCAGUCUGCAUUCACAUAAACCCCCUCUUACUG